AUGAAUUUCCUUAGAAAGCUGGUAUCGUCCGCCGGUGGAGGUUCUAUGAAAAUGGUUCUAGUCGUACGUUCAGAUUUAGGGUUAAGCAAGGGCAAAGUUGCCUCCCAAUGCGCACACGCUGCCAUCAUGUGCUAUAUCCGUUCGGCCAACCUCAACAAGCAGAAACUCCAGAGGUGGUUGCUGCAAGGUCAACCGAAAAUCGUAGUUAAAAUAGAGGAUUUAGCGCAACUGGAACAUAUUGCAGCGCUGGCUCGAGAGAGUGGUGUUGUAGCGGAAAUCGUCAGAGAUGCUGGCAGGACACAGGUUCGGAGUGGAACGGAGACAGUGCUAGGACUGGGUCCAGAUGCUAGUGAACUGAUCGACACGUUAGUUGGGCGUUUGAAGUUAUUAUAGAUGCCCGCUUAGAAAUAAUGCGUUGAAAUAGUCUAUUUGAUAGUACAUGCGAUAAA